AUGAAGACCAAGGAACUCUCCAAACAAAGACAGUUAGGUGAGAAAUAUUUGGAAUCCCAGAAGAGAAUUGGGGAGAGAGAGAAGAAGAUUCAAGAGUUGAGACAGACUGUGGACACUCUGAAGCACUCUGCACAGGCAGCAGUGGAGGACAGUGAGAGGAUCUUUACUGAGCUGAUCUGCUACAUUGAGAAAAGACGCUCUGAGUUGAAGGAGAUGAUCAGAGCUCAGGAGAAAUCUGAAGUGAGUCGGGCUGAAGGACUCUUGGAACAACUGGAGCAGGAGGUUGUUGAGCUGAGGAGGAGAGAUGUUGAGUUGAAGCAGCUCUCAAACACAGAGGAUCACAUCCAUUUCCUCCAGUGGCCAGAUUCCUGCCUGCUGACAUUGGAUCCCAAUACAACAUAUCAGAACCUGUGUCUGUCUGAGGGGAACAGAAAGGUGACAUGGAGUGGAGAGGUUCAGUACUAUCCUGACCAUCCUGACAGAUUUACCUUCGUAAAUCAGGUGUUGUGUAGAGAGGGUCUGUCUGGAGUCUGUUACUGGAAGGUAGAGUGGAGUGGGAAGUGGGUUCGUGUAGCCGUCUCAAAUAAAGAGAUCAGCAGGAAAGGAAAUGGUCGUGAGUGUGUGUUCGGACGUAAUGAUCAGUCCUGGGUGUUAUUCUGCUCUACAUCCAGAUGUUGUUUCAGCCACAAUAAUACCAGGACUGAUAUCCAUGUCCCCUGCUCCUCCAGAGUAGGAGUGUAUCUGGACCACAGGGCAGGAACUCUGUCCUUCUACAGUGUCUCUGACACAAUGACCCUCCUCCACAGAGUCCAGACCACAUUCACUCAGCCACUCUAUCCUGGGUUCUAUGUUUAUAAUGGAUCUGUGAAGAUACUGACACCUAUUCAGUGAUACAUCUAUCAGUCUGCUUGUAUCAAUGUAUGAAUGAUUAACUGCGGCUAAAGAUUGAUUUAAGAUUACAGAUAUCAUAUAGAACAGCAUGAUAUAGUUACACAUUUGCAUGUACAC